UCAGAUUUCAAAUUCUAAUCUAUGUCCUGGUGCAUUGCUGAAGCCCUGUGAGCCAUGUCAGAAGUACUUCCAGUUGACUCUGGCGUGGACGCCCUGGCAGUGUUUAUGGCCAGCAGCAGCACGACCGACGUUGUGAACCGCAAUGCUCCCGCCACGCCGCCGACCACCCUCAACCUGCGCUCCUCUCACAACGAGCUGCUCAACGCAGAGAUCAAGCACACGGAGACCAGGAACAGCACUCCGCCGAAAUGCAGGAAGAAGUACGCGCUGACUAACAUCCAGACGGCCAUGGGCCUUUCCGAUCCAGCAGCACAGCCCCUGCUGGGAAACAGCUCUGCCAACACAAAGCUGGUGAAGAAUGGGGAAAACCAGCUGAGAAAAGCCGCGGAGCAGGGACAGCAGGAUGCCAACAGAAACCUCAGCUCCACAGCAGGCGUAAACAUAACUUCUGAGAAGUUUGAAGGUAAAGAGCCAAUCCCCCAGGAUUUCUCCGGCUGCGAAAUAUUGCCAUCCCAGCCCAGGAGAACCAAGAGCUUCCUAAAUUACUAUGCAGAUCUGGAGACAUCCGCUAGAGAGCUGGAGCAGAGCCUAGUCGCGAUGGAAGAUAACUGCGCACAGAGCAACAGCCAGGCCUCGACCGUUCUUCUCAACGGAGAAGUCCUGCCCCGAAAGCAAAACAAGAUGUCGAGCCCUGAGGAUGGCCAGGUGGCCAUGGUGUCCUCAAGCCCUGAGACUAAGAAAGACCACCCGAAAACGGGUGCCAAAACGGACUGUGCGCUGCACCGGAUCCAGAACCUCGCGCCGAGCGAUGAGGACUCCAGCUGGACAACGCUGUCGCAGGACAGCGCUUCCCCCAGUUCGCCUGAUGAGACGGGUCUUUGCUAUUAA